AUGGCUUUACUUUUUGGAAUUCCUAAUCCAAGACAGAGAAGAAUACAAUAUAGACAACAAAUGAGAGAUGCUGAAGACCCGUUCCUCAUUAGUGAUACCAAAUUUAUAAAGGACUUUCGAUUAUCAAAAGAAUGUGUGCGUUAUAUUAUAGCCAGAGUAAGGCCUCACAUGACUAUUAAAAAACGGCCAAAUAGUUUAUCUUUGACAAGAAGGGUACUCAUUGCUAUACAUUUUUGUGCGGUGGGUAGCUAUCAAACUGGUAUUGGAGAAAACCCGUACAUACUUGUUUCUAGGAGUAUGGUAUCUAAAUGCCUAAAAGAAUUUACGGACGUUAUUGUAAACCAUGUUGCCAAUGAAUGGAUCAUAUUUCCAAUAACUCCAUUACAAAUUGCCAGGAAUAAGCGCCGGUUUUUAGAAAAAUUUAAUAUACCACAUACAAUUGGAGCAGUAGAUGGCACACAAAUAGCUAUUACUCCACCUAAUGAAAUUGAUGAAUUAUAUCAAGAACAUUUAUAUAUUAAUAGAAAACAGUAUCAUUCAAUUAAUUGUCAAAUAGUAACAGAUGCUGAUUUAAAAAUUUUAUCAAUUAAUGCAAAGUUUCCAGGCCGUAGUCAUGAUGCAUAUGUAUGGAAGAACUCUACAAUUCGUUCUCAUUUGUUAGAAACUAAUGCUAAAAACACAUUUCUCAUUGGUGACAGUGGUUAUCCUUUGGAACCAUGGUGCAUAACUCCAAUUUUGGGAAAUCAUCAAAUUUAUUCACCUGAACACCGGUUCAAUAAAACUCACAAACGGGCCCGCUGUACAGUUGAAAGGUGCAUAGGGGUUUUGAAACAACGUUGGAGAUGCCUAUUGAAGGAUCGCACAUUGCAUUAUAAACCUACAAGAGCUUCCAAGAUAAUUAUAACGUGUGCUGUUUUACAUAAUGUGGCUAUACAUUAUAAUAUUGGGCUGCCUGAAUAUGACAAUGAAGAAGAAGAGGAUGAAUAUGAAGAAAAUCAUGGACAAGAAGUUGAAGAGUUGUUAAAUGCUGGACGACAGACGCGUCAAGAACUACUGAAUCAGUUUUUUACACAUUAA